AGGUCCAAUCAGCAAUGACGGAUCAAAUGCGCGAUAUGAUCGCCCAACUAAUGGGGAGCCAGCACGUUGAUAAUAAAGAGAAACCUUCCAUGCCGUUCGACCAUCAUAGCGUUUGUCGUGCCUUCUUGCUUGGAGUAUGUCCUCACGAUAUGGUUCCUGACAGUCGAUUGCAGGUGCCCCCGCAAGUGCUGCGAGCGUAUCGUAAACCGUCGGCAAAACAAGGUUGAAUUGUGAGUUUUGACUGUCCGUUUCACAUAAUUAUUUAAAUGAACUAACUCUCUGUCAUUUCGAUACCGAAGUGUCAUUUCUUUUUAAUGCGGUUGCCGCGUCGAGAAUCAAUGAACAUCCCAGGCUCUGAAUUGAUGAAUCGUGAGUUAAGCCUGUAUUUUCCUAUUGGAAAACACUAGACAUUUUGUGGAUGUCUUUUCGAUUUUGUGCACAGUCUACUGAAUUAGGGAGUUUCAACCGAAAGAGUGCAAAUUUAAUUUUUCAGAAUGUUGUUUCCUGUCGAAAAGUGCACGAACCGGCUCAUAAAGCGGACUACGAAAGAGCACAAAAAGAAAAGGAUCAUUUUUAUGAUGUUGACGCUUUUGAGAUAAUCGAGCACGCCGUCCACUUGGUCGACAUUGAAAUUGCCAAAGUUCGUGAAAAAUUGGAAGACGACGUGAAAACACAAACAUCGCAAGCUGCUGAUUCAAAAGCAAAGCAAGUGGCAGAAAUUGAAGAAAAAAUUGCGAAGAACGUCGAUGAUAUUGAGAAACUUGGAAAUGAAGGAAAGAUAGAAGAAUCUAUGAAACUCCAUAAAUAUGUCGAAGAACUGAGAGAGAAAAUACAGGAAAUUGAGGACAGUCAAACAGAAGUCAAAACUGCUGGACCGGGAUCAAACUCCGCCAAACUUCGUGUCUGUGAAGAUUGCGGCGCACAACUGAAUAUCACAGAUCACGAAUCACGAAUUGCCGAUCAUUACAACGGAAAAAUGCAUAUUGGAAUGGUUGAAACGAGAGAAACCUAUCUUAAAAUGAAGGAAACUAUCGACGAACGUCGUAAAGAACGUGAGGAAAAGCUAGGAUCACAGAGAGGAUAUCAGAGAAGAGAGUCGUAUGGCAGACGCGAUCGUGGUGGGGAUCGUGGAGAAUACAGAGGAGACCGUGAUCGUGAUCGUCGUAACCGAGACAGAAGCCGUUCUCGCGAUCGUUCAUACAGAAGAGAUGACAGAGGAGACCGCAGAUAUGAUAGAGAUAAUCGUGAUAGACGCGAUCGCGACCGCCGUUAUUGAGCAAUCCUUCAACUUCUUCGAAUCUCGGGUAGAUAACUCGUUUUUUAUACCUUCACGACAUGCCAACCAUCAAUUUACUUUUUUUCCUCAUAAUCGUUUUUAAAACAUUAUAUUUGUUUUUUAUUCGGAUAUAACUAUUCAGAGCGAUAAAGAAAUUAUAUUUAAUUUAUU